GCACUACUCGACCGUGCUUCAUGAAAACACAAGAUUGGUGAUGAAGCACAGCCUCACUUUAACUGAGGGGUAUGGGCGUCCCACGGCACCACCCUGAACUGUAUAAUAUAAUGGGUCCCAUUUUUGCUUGCAAAUGCACGCAGGAUGUCCUCCAUUUGCACCCAUCUUCCGCAGCACGUCACCGAUUUUUAAGCCUGAUUUAACGAACAGCCGCAGCUGCGCACACUGCAUCUGUACCAAUUUACUGUCGUACUUCCCAUCGUCCUUCUCAAUAAUGUCUCUUAUAUUUGCGAUCUUCGUUUUUCUUUAUCAUGUGUUCCUGUUCCCAACCGUAUUGGCCCAAAGCGACUUUGAUUGGAGCACUAUUGAACCAACAAGCAAUUUAUCUUGGGUCGACUGCUAUGCCGGAUUUAAAUGCACACGUUUCCAGGUACCCAUCGACUACUCGAACGAAGAUGGCGACAAAGCGACUCUCGCGGUCAUGAAGCUUUCCGCACAGUCCGACACCGAGUAUAAAGGAACGGUACUGAUAAACCCGGGAGGCCCUGGUGGUAGCGGUGUUGUUGCCUUGGCUUCCACUGGUUCAUUGCUUGCGUCAGUUAUUGGGAACCAAUACGACAUUGUCGGUUUCGAUCCUCGAGGAGUUGGUAAUUCGACACCUCGAGCGGAGUUCUUCCUCUCCAAAGAAGAGCAUUAUCAAUGGCUUGCUGAUACCAAUCACUGGACUGCUGCUGUUAACACAACUUCGGACCAGAUACCUCACCUAUGGGCAUCUGCGCAAGUUAUAGCGGAACUUGCCGAGGAGAGGGAUAAUGGAAUUCUGAAUUACAUCAGUACUGACAACGUUGCGCGAGAUAUGCUGCGAAUUAGUGAGGCAGCGGGUCAACCGAAGUUACAGUACUGGGGUGUCUCUUAUGGGACAGUCCUUGGCUCUACAUUUGCUACCAUGUUUCCGGACAAAGUCGAACGUAUGAUCCUUGAUGGCGUCUUGGACAUGGAUGGUUAUUACAACGGUGAUUGGCGCAAUGAACUCACCGAUACUGAGAAAGACAUGCAAUCAUUCUUUGAUGGCUGUGUGGCUGCUGGCCCUGACGUCUGUGCAUUCUAUGCUUCCACCUCUGAGGAGAUAUCAAACAACCUCGACACCAUAUACCAGUCCCUUCUCACUGAACCCGUCCCGGUCAUACUCCCUUCUACGUCCUCCUAUGGUGUCGUCGACUAUGCCGCCCUGCAAAUCGCAGUCAAGAGUGCCCUGUACCAGCCCUAUGCAUACUUCUCUAUCCUCGCAGAAGGCCUGGCGGGUCUUGCAGCAAGUAACGGCAGCAUUAUUUACGAGAUGCAAGCGACGGCGUAUGACCCAUCUUCUGUUUACGAUAAUUCCUGGGAGGCAGAGAUUGCUAUUUCCUGCAGCGAUGCGCUGAAUAACACGGACACUGUGGCAGACCUGUUUGCAUACUGGGACAGUAUCCAGAAUGUAUCGCCUUUUGCGUUUUGGCUAAUGACUCAAAGGAUCGGUUGCUCUGGAUGGAAGUUUCAUCGAGAAGACAGAUUCACAGGUCCAGUUGGCGGAAAUACCAGCUAUCCUAUUCUUUUCAUAGGAAACACAGCUGAUCCUGUUACUCCCCUUUCUACGGCAAAGAAAACAUCAAGCACGUUCCCCGGAUCUGUCGUCCUUACUCAAAAUUCAUCUGGACAUACCUCCUUUGUAGCUUCCUCCUCCUGCACUUAUGCGUACGCGCGAGCUUAUUUCCAAAACGGCACUUUACCCGACGACGGAAUUGUCUGCGAAGUUGAGACUGAGCUGUUCUCAAUGUCGUCAUAUGCACCUCUCCGUGACUGAAACGACUCCAGAACUUAGCUUAGUUCUUUCAGCUUGAAUUCGUGCUUGUCGUUCCUUAUUGCGCUAAGCACACACUGUACCGGACUUUUUCUGUUUCAAUCGAAAUUCGUUCAUUACUUACACAACCACAUUAUAUAAAUAUCUGUCUUUCUCCAAAUUGCUUGGGCCUUUGUAUCGACUGCGGGGAAUGUGUUCCGGCACCAGAUCUACAC